CCUAUCCGACUGCGCCUUAGAGAUCAAAUCAUGUCUGGGACCUUCACGUUCUUUGGAAUAUGUUUACCUGCACUGAGAUCAAGCGGGAUAAAACGGGUUCUCUACCGGCAUCAUCAGACACGCAUCAGUCUCAGACGACUGCUGUCCACCGCGCAGCCAGGUGAUGUCAUCCGGCCGCUAGAGGGCACCAGAGUUCUAGACCUAACGAGGGUUCUGGCAGGUCCAUUUGCCACCAUGAUACUGGGAGACCUUGGGGCUGAGAUUAUCAAAGUGGAGAGACCAGGUGCUGGGGAUGACACCAGAGCGUGGGGACCCCCCUUUGUGGGAGAGGAGAGCGCAUACUUCCUCAGUGUCAACAGAAACAAGAAGAGUGUAGCUGUGAACCUGAAAGAUCCCAGAGGGGUCCAGAUCAUCUUGGAGCUUGCAGGUGUAUGUGACGUGCUGGUGGAGAACUACCUUCCUGGAAAGCUGUGUGAGAUGGGCCUAGGGUACGAGGACGUGAGCCGAACCAACCCCCAGCUAGUCUACUGCUCCAUCUCAGGAUAUGGACAGACAGGGCCCCAGUCCCAGAAGCCAGGGUAUGACUCCAUAGCAUCUGCGGUGUCAGGGAUGAUGCACAUAACAGGCCCAGAGGACGGCGAGCCCGUAAGGCCGGGUGUUGCCAUGACAGACCUAGCCACGGGCCUCUACUGUCACGGAGCCAUCAUGGCAGCUUUGCUGCAUCGACAGAAGACUGGAAUGGGCACCCACAUUGACUGUAACCUGGUCUCCACACAGGUGGCCUGUCUCACACACAUAGCAGCCAACUACCUUAAUGCUGGGAAGGAGGCCCGAAGAUGGGGAACAGCCCACCAGAGUAUCGUUCCUUAUCAGUAAUGAGUGAGAGGCUGAGGGCUGGAGGCUGGAAGCCCCAUGCUCUGCUGGUGUUUUCCACCAGAGGAUCAACGUUCAGCAGCUCUCUGAGUAACCAGCAGUCACCAUACUCACUUAUCAGGCCAAAUAUACUAUAGACGACAAAGAAGGAACAUAAUGAGAUAACCAUGCAUGUCGAUCAGACCCUUCCCUCCAGGUCCUCCUCCACCUCGCCAGUGAUCUGAAACAGGUGCUCUGCUCUCAACGAGAGGCACAUGAAGGAAGACUCAGGCUCCAUAUGUGAGGAGGG